AUGCAUGCAGGGGUUGGGGCAGGGGACGCGCAGCGGCAGCUGAACGAGUAUCGUGAUCAGCUGGCACGCCAGAUGGAGCGGAAAGACUUGCCGACAAGAGGCUCGAUGGCGUCGCUUACCUCGGGCCCAAAGCGCAUAUCGCCAAUACAGGAAGAGACAUCCGUCUCGCCGCCAACGUCGCAGCUCGAGUCGACGCCCACAACCACAUCAACCGAGUCUGGCAAGACGGUCCGGGGAGAACAGACGCCGGGCCCCGUAGCCGGCACGCCGUCCUACCCUUUCCCGCGCAUGGCGUCGCCCGGCUACGUCAACCACUCCCUGCACCGGCCGUUUACCACGCUCUCGCCCACUGUUCCCCCGCCAGGAACGCAGGCUCUAUUUGAGGAUCUCGUCGGCCACGACAACAUGCGGUCAAAGCCGACUUCGCCGGCCUCGGCCAGGACAUUUUUGCCCCACGGCCACACCCACCCCGAGGGCCAAUUUGACUUCCAAACACCCAACCUUUACGAUCUCUCAUUGAUGCUCUCUGCCGAGCCUGGACUGGAUGCGUGGUGGAAUACCGUUGUCCAGAUCAUGGUCGAGGUCUACAGGGCCGAAAGGGUCACCUUGGCCAUCCCUGCCGAUUCCACAGACAUUGAAAACGUCCCUUGGGGCCAAAAGGCGACCUACAACUCGCAUCGCGAAGACGACUUGAGUCUAGGUUAUCUUGCCAGAGGCUCGAGCCUUAUGCCCAGCAGUACUGGCGAGUUCUCGGAGCCCGCCUCCCAGUGGGACGAUUCACCGAGACAGCAGGGAGCAGGGCGUCCCGGCCUACAAAGCCGGCAUUCCUUCACAUCCUACGAGGAUAAGAAAGAGAUGGGAACCCCAAGCGGGCGGGCGACAACACCUUUGCGCCGGCCCGAUCUUGGAAGGAGCAAAACAACUCACCCAAUGUCCACGCUGGAGCAGUCAUCUGGAGGCUACGAGAAACACAUGGAUCUUAACCGCCAGGCGCUCGAGGAACAUGACGCGUUGGAGGACCAGCAGAAGAUUCCAAGCUGGGAGGUACCGUCUACGACUCGUGGAGACGGCCACGGCAAAGUCUUGAACGUCUUACAAGCCCUCAACUACGAAGCCGAUCCUCUGAUUGACCACAACGGCGUGAUUCGUGUCCUCGACCGCGGCCGCGUCGUUGCACUAACCCGAACUUAUCCCUACCUCGGCCAGCAGACUGAGAGGAAGGAAUUCGACCCCUUGUCCACCGGCCCCGCCGCAACACCUGGAGGGGAGCGAAGGAAGGUUAGGGGGCAGCAGUCCAACUCAUCCUCGAAACUCUCGUCACUUCUAGGCAGCGCUUCGCUGGAAUCGGCCAAUGUGCGCUCCUCCAAGGGCCAGGGGCCUGAGAAAAGGGCCACGGGAAUCGCGUCUCGACUCGACGAGGACAUUCCGAGACCAAAAACACCUAGGUAUGAGGAGCACGAACAAGCCUCCCCCUCUCCAUGGUCGCAAUCUCCUGCGCCGUCUCCCGCCGUGCGAGCCGACCCCAGCGAGAACCCAUUCUUCACCGAUGCAACGGUUGACGAGGAGUCGUUUAACCCGUCCUCGGCCGCCUUUGACUACACGGCUCUCAGGCCACCCGAGGCAAUUGGCAUGGACAACUCGUGGACGGUGUUGCAUAUUCCUCUGACCCACGUCCUGCUGUCAAAGCCCAAUCCUGCCUUCAAGCUGGACCCUGCGUUCAUGGCCCAACGGAUUUCACGAAACAAGGCUGGGGAGGGCCACGCAACCCCGCUCCCUUCCCCAGAUCCCGUCCAGAAGCAGAAGCACGCACCAAUUGCCAUCAUAUCCAUUCUGAGCCCUGUCAUUCCGUACCCUUCAAACCUUCGGCACUCAUUAGAGCACCUUGGUCCUCACCUGGCCACCUCGUUUUCCCUCUGCCGUCACUACACGAACUUGGAGCUGGAACUGAGUGGUCUGCAGAAGCGAAGGCCGCCGACGGCAGGCUUCGGCGCACUGGGUCCUGACGGGCGGCCGCUGGCUAAUGCAGCAGCACUAGCUUCUCUAGGGUACCUCCCCAGCGAAGAUGUGUUCCGGGGGUCUAUGGCGGGUAGUCUCACGAGUCCUAGCGACUACUCGGGCCCGGUGCGCAGUGCAGGGGGCUCUCCUGGUGGAACACCCACGUGGGAUACCUCUGCUUUGGGUUUGGUGAUGGAAAGGCGCACGCCUAGCUCCAGUCCAGCCCCUGUAGGCGGCGACAGUUAUUUCAGCACCAAGCCGAGGCCAGGGACAGGUGCGGGCAGUGGAGGCCAGCGUACGCGGCGGAACUCGCGAGAGGCUAUACUUGCAGAAAAGCGACCCUCAUCGCGGCUGUCUGGCGGUAAAGGACAAUUACAGGACAACGGGCCGCUCAGUCCCGCCCUCCCUGACAAUCUGACAGGCACAGACUACCUGAACCGGGAUGCCGAAGAAUUGACGUCCCAACAAAGACGUCAUGUUUCACAACCAAGCCCCAGGGAAGAGAGAGCACCGCCUUUAGGGUCGCAGCCAGCCAUGAACGAGAACCAGAGGAGGUCGGAUGCUUCUCCAUUGCAGGCACAGCAUCGACAUACGCAGCUGCACUCUUACGGGGCAGACUUUGCAUCCACAUUUCAGUCGCUCCCGCCCAGCUCGAGCAUUGGUAGAGGCGUCCCGCUACCGCCAGCACCGUCGCGGAGCGGGUCCAUCUCACAUUCGGAGAUGACCCCACCGUCCGACAAACUGAAAGGCCUCAUUCUAGACUCGCUACCUGCCCAUGUUUUCGUCGCCCUCCCGCAGACAGGCGAGAUAGUCUGGGUAAACAGCCGGUUCCUAACGUACCGGGGGCAGACGUCGAGCGACUUGGCGGCCGACACCUGGGGGAGCUUUCACCCAGAUGACCGCGAGGAGUACCUUCGUGCCUGGAGCCAAUCUGUCCGGACCGGCGAACAGUUCUCGCGAACCGUCCGGAUCCGGCGUUUUGACGGGGCCUACCGCUGGUUCCAAGCCCGUGCCGUUGCCUCCAAGGACAAGCGGGGCGUCAUUCUGCAAUUCCUGGGGUCCUACAUGGACAUCCACGACAAAUACAUUGCCGAGCUGAGAGCAGCGCGACAGGAGCAGAUUGAAGCUUCCGAGGCCAAGCACCGCCUACUCGCCAACCUGAUCCCGCAAAUCAUCUUCACCGCCACUGAGGAUGAGGGCAUCACAUUUGCCAAUGAGCAGUGGCUGUCCUACACAGGCCAGAGCUUCGGCGACGCGUUGGGCUUGGGAUUCAUGGACUAUGUGCACCCUGACGACCUCGCCAAAUGCCGGAUACCGAACGACAGGCCGCCAACGCCCCUCUUUAGCAAAGGACAUGAGCACUCGGGCUCGACUGGCAAGAUCUCGGUUGCCUCCGACGGCAACAUCCGAGGCGUGCACCAGGCGCUGUCGCGGAACAACAGCUCUAGCAGCGGCUCGGUGUACGAGCUCCAGAGCGCUAAUCUCGUCGAGCUCGCUAAGAAGGGGGUGAUCCGGGUCUCGACAGAUAGCAACGGCCGAGUUUCGUACACGACCGAAAUACGGCUGCGGUCCAAGAGUGGCGAGUAUCGGUGGCAUCUCGUUCGGUGUGUUGAGAUCGACAAUGUCGACUUUGGCAAUGGGGCUAGCUCGUUCUUUGGGUCUGCCACUGACAUUAACGACCUGAAGCUUCUCGAGACGAAGUUGAAGGAGGCGAUGGAAUCGAAAGGCCGUUUCCUAAGCAACAUGUCGCACGAGAUUAGGACACCUCUCAUUGGGAUAUCUGGCAUGGUCAGCUUCCUUCAGGACACGACGCUCAACGAAGAGCAGCGAGACUACACCAAUACGAUCCAGACCAGUGCUAACAGCCUGCUCAUGAUCAUCAAUGACAUCCUCGAUCUUUCCAAGGUUGAUGCCGGAAUGAUGAAGCUGAACUUUGAAUGGUUCCACACACGGUCCCUCAUCGAGGAUGUCAACGAGCUCGUGUCGACCAUGGCCAUUGCAAAGCGUCUUGAGCUCAACUACAUUGUCGAUGAAGAUGUCCCCGCAUGGGUUAAGGGGGACAAGGUGCGGAUUCGUCAGGUGUUGCUCAACGUCAUUGGUAAUGCUAUUAAGUUUACUAGUCAAGGAGAAGUCUUUAGCAGAUGUAAGGUUGCAACUCCUAAGGACAAGGAGCUUGCCGACGAUGAAAUCAUGCUCGAGUUCUCCAUCAUUGACACGGGUAGGGGUUUUACCGAAGAGGAGGCCGAGUUGAUAUUCAAGCCCUUCAGCCAGAUUGACGGGAGCAGCACUCGCCAGCACGGAGGGAGCGGGCUGGGUCUGGUAAUCUCGCGUCAGCUGGCCGAGCUUCACGGCGGCGGAAUGGAAGGGACGGCGGUCCCCGGCAAAGGAUCCACGUUUACCUUUUCGGCGAAAUUUGGGCUACCAACAGGCCAGGACCGCCCGGAUUUAUCGUCACCUCCCCAGCCGACACCGGGAUUGAUGAGAGACGUGCAUCUGACUUCUCAGCAACAAACGAUUGCUAGCAAGUUGCUUCAGAAGAUGUCGCCUGAGGCGAGCCCGUCGACAGAUGCCAACCCUAGAUCUCCGGCAGUAGUUUCUAGCAGCAGCUCAGAGCCGUCGGCGUUCUCGGACAGAACACAGCUGACCAAUCGCUCAUCCAUGUCUUCUAUCAAUGCAAGUGUCAAUGUUGGGUUGGCCCGGUUCAGUGAGGCCGCUCGGGCCAGCGGGCAAGAUCUGUCGCAGAUGAAGCUGGAGAUGCCGGCAGAUAGGUCCUCGUCUGGCACUACGCCUAUCGGAAACAGCGUCGUCACGCCUGCCGCCGCGAGCGAAUUCCGGCCCCCCAUGUACUCAAUCUUGAUCAUCUGCCCGCAGACACACAGCCGAGAAGCGACAACGAGGCACAUUGAGAUGACGCUGCCCAAGGACAUUCCGCAUCAGAUUUCAGCACUGUCGUCGGUAAAGGAGGCGGAGAAACUUAUUGGAGGCGACGACGCGGUUUUAUUUACCCACAUUGUCGUCAAUCUGCCGCUUCCACAGGACAUAAUCGAGCUGAUGGACGUAAUCAUGAGCUCUAACACUGUCGGCAAGGCUACGAUCCUCAUCCUUUCCGACUCGGUCCAGAGGCAGGCUGUGAUGAAGCAGGUGGCCAAUACCAAGUACGAAGAGAUGUUCUCGCAGGACAAGGUGUCGUACAUCUACAAGCCAGUCAAGCCCUCCCGGUUUGCCGUCAUCUUCGAUCCCGCCAAGGAACGUGAUCUCAGCAUAGACCGCAACCGGUCGACAGCACAGAAGCUAGUCGAAAAUCAGAAGCAGAGCUACGUCGAGGCGGAGAAGAAGAUGGGGAACAAGGGCUACAAGGUGCUCUUGGUCGAGGACAAUCCGGUAAACCAGAAGGUGCUGCAAAAGUACCUGAAGAAGGUGGGCAUUGCUGUCGAGCUUGCGGCAGACGGCGUCGAGUGUACCGAGACGGUAUUUUCCAAGCCCCACGAAUACUACUCUCUCAUCUUGUGUGAUCUACAUAUGCCACGCAAGGACGGGUACCAGGCUUGCCGCGAGAUACGUCAGUGGGAGGCGCGCGAGAAAUUACCAGCGGUGCCCAUCGUUGCGCUGUCGGCCAAUGUCAUGUCAGACGUGCAGGAGAAGUGCGUCGCGGCAGGGUUCAACGACUACGUGACCAAGCCGGUCGACUUUAUUGCCCUCAGCAACGCCCUCUCGCAGUUCCUCUGA